ACACAUUUCAAUUUAGCCCUAUCCAUAUAGGCCAAGUCCCACGAGUGUAAAGGGUUAAGUAACCUUCUGUUUUAUAUAACCAUACCAAAGGUAACAUAUCAUACUAAUUUGUUUCUCGGAUUAACGUUCACUAUGUUACAUCUAGUCUAUGAGACCAGGCUGUCCCUCCAUCCCUCCCUUUACCCAUCCCUCAUCUCAUAUAUUCACCCUCUUCCUCAGCAUCUCAAGGAUCCCACAUAAUCAGAACAGUCUCAGGAGGCCAGACAGAUGAAGAUGGAGCUGCAGUAGAUAGCUACCGUUUUACGGGCUCCUGACCAAUUUUGCUAAUUGGUGUAUUUUGUUUUUACACUGAUCUUAACUUUUUUUGUUCAUAAUAUUUCCACGAUCAUUUCCUACGACAGAAAACAGCUUCUGGACAACAGAACAGCGAUCACUAAACUAGAUUUGGAUGAAGAUUUGUACUUCAACGAGUCGGCAGCUGUGAAUGUACUGCUCAUUCCAGUCCAGGCCCUAAUCCCUGGGAAUCAAAAAAGGAAGAGAUGAUGCAAGAGAGGCAAACAAGCGGGCUCCCUGACGAGACUACGUCGGCGAGUUAAUAAACUGCCUCCACCUACCGUUCCCUUGGCGAACGAACUGGACAAGCUCCAAUCGAGACAAUGCUAUAAUUGGGACCUGAAGAACUGUAAUAUCCUAUGUUUCUCGGAGUCGUGGCUGAACAAGAACAUGGAUAAUAUACAUUUAGCUGUUUUUUUAAUGCAUCGUAAAGACCAGCAGCUUCGGAAAAUGAAUUUGGAAGAGUGGUGAGCUCUUUUUCUCCAGUUUAACGUCUACUAUCGUGGGCCACGGAGGAAGCAGAGGUCUGGACCAAAGAGCAAUCUCACCCCAAACCAUUUCAGAUGGAGGUGGAUGCAGAUGAGAAGCGCCAUCGAACACGCUCCAAAGGUAUCCGAGUGCCUGUGGAACCAGCGAUACCAGAGCUGUUCAGCUGUCCUACACAAGGCUGUGAUGGGAGUGGACACGUCAGCGGCAAAUAUGCAAGACAUCGAAGUGUGUACGGCUGCCCUCUGGCCAAGAAGAGGAAAACAGUGGACAGACAGCCUCUGGAACCCCUAGAAGUGCUGGAGCCCAUACUGGAACCCUUUGAACCAGCAUCCAAGGGGACACCACUCAUAACCCAGAUGGACAACUCUACUAUGGAGGAGAGCUACGAGACGGACGGAACAGAGGAGAUGGAUGACAGAGAGGAGGAGGUGGAGGAGGGAGUAGAGGAUGGGGGAGAUGAGGAAGAGGAGGAGGUAGAGGAUGAGGAAGAGGAGAGAUACUCGGAUGACAAUGAGGAACAGAUGGAGCAGGAAGAAGGAGAUGUGGAGAGAGGGGAGGGAGAGGGGGAGGAGGGAGAGGUGGAACAAGAAGAGGAGGAGGAGGAGGAAGAGGGAGUAGAAGAGGAAGAAGAUGAGGAAGAGUAUGAGGAGGAGUUUGAUGAGCAGAGUCAAGGCCAAGAGGAUGAUCAGUGUGUCGGCGGUGGCGGCCAUCCCAAAUCCGGUCCGACGGGGGAGAAGGACGACAACAACAACGAUGAAUAUGAGAACUAUGAUGAGCUGGUGGCCAAGUCUCUGCUCAACCUAGGGAAGAUAGCAGAGGAUGCCGCCUACCGCGCCAUGACCGAGUCUGAAAUUAACAGCAACUCCUCCAACAGCGCCGAGGAAGAGGAGGAGGAGGAAGAGGAGGAGGAAGAAGAAGAAGAGGAGGAUGAGGAAGAUGAGGAAGAAGAGGAGGAGGGUGGGGAGGAGGGUGGGGAGGAAGGUCACAGGAAGGGUGAGUUGACUCUGGAUGUGGACAGUGAUGUAGUGAGGGAGACAGUGGACUCUCUGAAGCUGCUGGCCCAGGGUCAUGGGGCUGUGCUUUCUGACAACCUGGAUGGAGGAGACUAUGAGGAAGGGACGGAGGAGAACGGGGAAGGGAAUUGUAAUGGAGGAGGUGGAGGUGGUAACGGUCAGGGUAAACCCUCUAACGGACUGGAGGAGAGUGAUGAGGAGGUGUGUCUAAGCAGCCUGGAGUGUCUGAGAAACCAGUGCUUCGACCUGGCCCGCAAACUGAGUGAGACGCAGCCGGCCGACCGCUUGGGCACAGGCCUCCCUCAUCAGAGCUACCCUGGCGGUGGGGACACCCAGGGGCAGCACCCCCAUCUCAACCCCCACCCCCACUCCCUCACGCACGAGCCUUGGUACGGGGACCUCCAGCAGAGCCAGGAGGAUAGGCGCACCCUGGAGAGGAACUACUCUGACAUGGUCAACCUGAUGAAGCUGGAGGAGCAGCUUAGCCCGCGCUCCAAGGCCUUCUCCAGCUGCGCUCAGGAUGACCGCUACCACAACCACAUCCACGACCGGGACGAGGAUACGCGGUCGGUGACGUCAGACCACUCGGAGGAGGUGUUCGACAUGACCAAGGGGAACCUGUCUCUGCUGGAGAAGGCCAUCGCACUAGAGUCUGAGAGGGCCAAGGCCAUGAGGGACAAGAUGGCUGCCGAGGCAGCGCGGAGGGACAGAGUGAGGUAUCAUCAUCACCAUGGAGGCCAUCAUGGGGAGCACCAAUCACGGCACGGCUACGGAGAGGAGCGCAAGGCCCGACUCCAUGAUGGGAUGAAGAAGCCCUACUACCAUAAAGAUUUAUCGCGCAGUGACAAGAAGGAGAGCCGGUGCCCGACGCCAGGCUGUGAUGGCACAGGUCAUGUGACGGGGUUGUACCCUCACCAUCGGAGCCUGUCUGGCUGUCCACACAAAGACAGGGUACCACCUGAAAUCCUUGCUAUGUAUGAAAAUGUUCUUAAGUGUCCUACACUGGGCUGCACGGGACGCGGCCAUGUCAAUAGCAACAGGAACUCCCACAGAAGUUUGUCAGGGUGUCCCAUCGCUGCAGCAGAGAAGCUGCAGAAAUCCCAGGACAAGAGCAUCUGUUGUGACGGCUCCUCCAAGUCUAACCAGGGUUCUGACCGCGUGCUCAGGCCUAUGUGCUUUGUGAAACAGCUGGAGAUCCCUCAGUACGGCUACAAGAACAACGUGUCCACCAGCACGCCACGCUCCAACCUGGCCAAGGAGCUGGAGAAGUACUCUAAGACCAGCUUUGACUACAGCAGCUUCACUGACAGCAGCCACAGCAACAAUGUCUACGGCAAACGGGCCAUCGCACCCAAACUCCAAGGCAGGGACACUUCCCCUAAAGGAUAUGACGCCAAGCGCUACUGUAAGAACUCCAGCUCGGCGAGUAGCACGACCAGCACCUACGCCCCCAGCAGCAGCAGUAGCAGCCUGAGCUGUGGAGGAGGGGGCGGAGGGGGAGGCAGUAGUGCCAGCUCCACCUGUAGUAAGAGCAGCUUCGACUACACCCACGACAUGGAGGCUGCCCACAUGGCCGCCACGGCCAUCCUCAACCUGUCUACACGCUGCAGAGAGAUGCCCCACGGCCUGGGAGGAAAACCCCAGGAUCUCUGUACUCGGAACCCAGACCUAGAGGUAGAUGAGAACGGGACAUUAGACCUGAGUAUAAAGCAGCGUUUGGGGGAUGGAGUGGGUGCAGUGCUCACCCCCCUGGAGCCCAUGUCGCCCCAGCGCCAGGCCCUGAUGCGCUACGGCAUGGGGGAUGACUGCUGGGACCUGCCAGUUGAUUACACCAAGAUCAAACGCAUCGACGAGGACAGCAAAGAGACGAAUGACCUGGACCCGUUCCAGGAGCUGCUGGAGCAGCGAGGUUACUCUGAUGAUGUCACCAUGCACAGCCCCAAGCCCAAGUAUGCCCAGUGCAAAGAGAGCAAGAAGGACCUGAUAACUCUCACUGGCUGUCCUUUAGCUGACAAAAGCAUUCGAAGUAUGAUGGCCACCAACUCACAAGAGCUCAAGUGCCCGACACCGGGGUGCGAUGGUUCUGGGCAUAAUACUGGCAACUACGCAUCACACAGAAGUCUAUCAGGGUGUCCGCGGGCCAGGAAGAGUGGAAUAAAGAUAACACACAGUAAAGAGGACAAGGAGGACCAGGAGCCCAUCAGGUGUCCGGUCCCGGGCUGUGGCGGUCAGGGUCAUGUGACAGGGAAGUACGCAUCUCACCGCAGUGCAUCAGGCUGCCCCCUAGCGGCCAAGCGGCAGAAGGACGGUUACAUGAACGGCUCCCAGUUCACAUGGAAGGCUGGGAAGACAGACGGCAUGUCCUGUCCCACCCCGGGCUGUGACGGCUCGGGUCACGUCAGUGGGAGCUUCCUCACACAUCGGAGUUUGUCGGGCUGUCCGCGUGCCACCUCUGCCAUGAAGAAAGCCAGACUGUCUGGACUGUCUGAAAUGCUAACGAUAAAACAGCGCACCAGCAACGGAAUCGAAAAUGAGGAAGAAAUUAAACAGCUGGAUGAAGAAAUCAAAGAUUUAAGUGAAUCAAAUUCACAAGUGGAAGCAGAUAUGAUCAAACUUAGAACACAGAUUACCACAAUGGAGUCUAAUCUGAAGUCAAUAGAGGAAGAAAACAAGGUGAUUGAACAUGAAAAUGAAUCUCUCCUGCAUGAGCUGGCCGGCCUCAGCCAGACACUGAUUAACACUUUAGCUAAUAUCCAGCUCCCUCAUAUGAAACCGCUGGCACACAAAGAGGCUUCCAUUAGAAAUAACAGCUGCUUACAGAUGCAUCAGAGAGAGCCGAUCAGCGAUCAGAACUUUGAUGCUUAUGUGACCACUCUAACAGACAUGUACACUAACCAGGAGCAUUACCAGAGUCCAGAGAACAAAGCCCUGCUGGAAAACAUCAAACAAGCGGUGCAAGGAAUCCAAGCGUAACCCAGCCCGCUACCAAGCCCAGCAAAUGACAGAGCAUCUUCUCAAAGAGGAGUGAAAGAAAUCACCAUUCGCAGGAAAGAGCUUGAAGUGACAUGAUAGGAUGAUGCCUCAUGGUUUGCUGCUGUAACGUAGCAUACAGUGUUACAUAUUGAUUUUCGUUCUUAAAAAAAUAAACGUUAUGCUUAGAAAAAUUCAUAAUGAGUUUUCUUUUUGGUCUUGCUUUGAAGAAAAAUAAUAAUAAAUGACAAAAUAGUUUUUGAAAACAUUCACCUUUUGUACGUUUUCAUACUGUAUGAGCUGACAUAGUGUGAUGUAAUGUUUCUAACUGCUCAUGUAUGCACAUUGUUUGUGUAUAUUUCUGAACAGUAAGCUGUAUAACAUAAGACAUUAGUUCCUUUCAGUGCUUGAUGAAGCAUCUUAGAUGAAGAAGCUGCACUGGACAGUGAAAAAAAAAGUUUCAAAAAAAUGGGGGAACUGCACGGAGGUAGCUACUUUUCAAUGAUGUUUUCCUCAAUGGAUGACUUUGGAAUUCUAAAGAUGUUUGUUUUUUCUUGUUUGCAGAUUGUUGAAUAGCAAGACUUGGUUGCAAAUGACUUUAUUUUUAACAAUGCUUGAAAAAUUCUUUGUCUUUAAAAAAAAAGUUUGGUAGCUAUAGGUGGGGGCAUUUUUUAUGUGUUGGAAAUGAGUAUGGAAAGAAACUGACUUGAUGGUUGUAUGAAUGUAACAGUUUAUUGUAAACAUCAUGACACGGAAACACAAUGGUGAAAAUCCCAUUAUCUAGAAAGUACUAUUUGCUCUUGAUAUGUUGUGUUUGUAGAUACCCAUUGGUGAUAUAUAAUGGCAAUAGAGUAUGCAGGAGUCAUUCUAGAAUUUAGUAUUUAGUUCUGUUUAAAAUUUCGAAACUUCUGUUGCUAGAAUCGGGCAAUGUCUCAGCAAUAUAUAUCUAAAUCAUAUGUUUAUAGAUAUGGGAUGCAAUCUACAGGAAAAAAAUAUUUGGUUAUAUGCAAUGACUUGUUUAUAAACAUAGGGGUGGAGGAACAAAUUAAUCUUUUUACUAUAUAUAAAAUAAAAUGUUUUAUAUAAAUCUUUUAAUUACAAAGAAAGUAUUUAAAAAAUGUUGAACAUUCAGUUUUAAAGAUGAAAGAUGCUUGAUGAGUUCCACUCUCUUUACAGACAAUUUUGCACAUAAGGGACACCUUUGUUUCCAUGUUCUGAUGUUUCUACAGAAACUCAAGCAGUACCUGAGAGCCUACCGGAGGGUGACAAAGGUUUUGUAAACAGUAUUUAUACUAAAGUAUGAGAGAGAGCGGGACUUACAGGGUCAUUGUCCCCACUUGCCAGUAGACUAUUUGCACUUGUCUUAGAGAUAGUAUCCUAACAUGCGGCAGCGUGCAAUGUCCAGGUGUUCCUUUGGCACACGAUUGGAGCAAAUAACUGCUAAGAGCCACUAGGUGAUGAAUUAGUACCACUGAACGAGACUACAGGGAUUUGAAUCAGAAAUUACGAUUAUAACCAUACAAGUAAUACUGUAUAAUCAAAUGGUCAAACAAUGAUGCUAUUUCAUUUUGGUAUGUUAUAUGAAUAUUAACUAAUCCCCAGCAGCACUUUAUAUCUAAUCACUGUACAAAUUAAAUAGUCAAUCAAUUAAAGGUAAAAAAGAAAGAGGAAGUAAAAAGAGGUUGUUUCCCCAUUAGGCUUGGAGAGUGGGAAAUUCACUCUUCUAGUUGACUCUUCUGCUCUGAAUGAGGUGAUGCAGUUUUAUGUCUGUAUGCGGCCCCUCUUUAUGUUGUGGUAUUAGUUGUUAGCGACCAUGUGCAGAAUUGGCCUUCUUGAAAGCUAAUGCAAAGGUGCUUGUCAUUCACCUGAUCUUGUCUAUUGUACUUUUACGUCCUCUUUAGGGCUCCAUCGUCAAUGACUGCAUACAGUAUGCCUUUCUCCACAGCAUCGUGUCUGCAGAUUUUUGACAAUAUAGUAAUGCUUUCAGUAGAGUAAUACCUAGUAUCAGUUUUUGAAUUCAUUUUCAUUAUCAGUACAAUUGAACGGGAUUUAAAGCACAAACCGGCUGCUCAUCUACCAUUAGUACAUAAUAUCAAAUUUGAGAAAAGUUAUCUGUGACUAUUUACAUAGGGAACACAAAAGGUGUCACAUAUUAGAAUGCUGAAUUUUCAUAUAAAUUAUUGUGAAUUCAUCAGAGUUUAUUUAUUAUAACUUAUUCAUUUUGAGGUUGAUUUAAGUAAUCAUGAACAAAAACAGGAUUUUGUACAAACUAUUGUGCUCUCUGUGGAACUGAAGUUUAAUUUAUUUUUGUACUACACAGCAUGGAUUUGUUGACAUUUUAAUUUUGCUAUAAGUGUGUGAGAUCACAAGUUGCUGUGAUAUUUCAUUUUUAAAUUGUGAACUUUGUACAAUUCUUGUCAUGCUGGAUGUUGACACAUCUUACUCUGAAUAAAGAAAAAAUUGUGUUGCCACAGGCCUGUCA